UCUACCGGCACAAAGUACAAAUAGUGCAACGCCAGCGUUUUCACAGGCACACACCUGACAGAACCUCCCCCAGACCAUACCGACUUCAGCCGCCAGAGAAGCCGAGACACCGCAACAAGAUGCCUUUUCCCGUAGACAAAUUUUGUGGAACCUGGAAGCACGGAAAUCAUUCCGACAACUACCCUCAGAUCAUGGAGAAAAUUGGCGUCACACCCGAGAAGUUCAAGAAGAUGCAGGAAUCUUCCUUCCCCGUCAACGCAUCUCUGACAGGAGACAAGCUGUGCUUCAAGGUUGAGUUCAUGGGGAAGACUUGGGAGAGCAACUUCACCCUGGGAGUGGAGGGAGAGGAGGAAGAUGCGCACACUGGCAGGAUGAGAAAGGUGACCUACACCAUAGAAGGAGACAACCUGAUCUCCGUGUACCCUGACCAUGACGGGAAGGGACUUACCGCGCGCGUCUGCCGCCAUUUUGUUGACGACGACACCAUUCACACGGACUUCAAAGCUGGAGACGUGGAGGGUUGGACUCAAUCCAAGCGCUGCUAGACGUCCGAGAGAACGUUGACCCCAGUGGACCAAACAAAACGACUUUACUUCGAUUUUUGUAGUAAUUUGCUCUGAAUAAAUCAUCUGAACAUGUA